AGCCGCCUGUGCCGCUGUCAUGGCGUCUACGCCUCUGUCUGAAGAGAAGCUGCCAAGAUUUAGAUAGAGUCGGGAGCUGGCGGCUCGGCAUGGAGAACAGCCCCGAGAGCCGGCAGCUGCUAGGACACGGGGCGGAGACGGCCGCAGCGCCGGCCGCAAGGACGGUUUUUCUUGAGGGAGAGGCAGAAGAAAACAAGAUCAGUACCGGGCACAGCCCAGCAGAGCCUAGCACCGCCCGCGAUGGACAGGGGGCGGCGGCGGGCCCUGGGAACCGCCCGCAAACGCAUUCUCCCGGGGUCACCGCUCCCGGAACCGCCGGCUCCCAGCCGGAGUUGGAGCAGAAGCACAAUGGAGAAACCCCCGCGGCCUUGGAGGCGGCUCCGAGAGGACAGCACAAGGUGACCGCUGCCUCGGAGAAAGCCGAGGCCGGAGAAGGAGCGGCUCCCGCGGGGACAGAUCCGCCAGCGGCGGCGGGGGAUGCGGGUGGCGGCCUGAGCAGUAGCAGCCCCAGCAGCAGCAGUCCCAGCAGCAGCACCGUCCCGAGCCCUCCCGGGGAAUCGCCGAGCCUGGAUUCCCUGGAGUCGUUCUCCAAUUUACAUUCUUGUCCCAGCAGCUCUGAAUUCUGCAGUGAAGACGGGCCUGAGCUCAAGGGCCCGGAGGAGGAGGAGACCGAGUCGGGAGGAGCUGCCCCUCUCUGUAAAGAGGAAGGAGAGGCCGUCCAGGUGCUGUUGGCCUCUAAGGAACGCUUCCCGGGACAGUCUGUGUAUCACAUCAAGUGGAUCCAGUGGAAGGAAGAGAACACGCCCAUUAUCACCCAGAAUGAAAACGGACCCUGCCCUUUGCUGGCCAUCCUCAAUGUAUUGUUCCUGGCGUGGAAGAUAAAACUGCCACCAAUGAUGGAAAUCAUAACUGCUGAACAACUGAUGGAAUAUUUAGGAGAUUACAUCCUUGAUGCAAAACCAAAAGAAAUUUCAGAAAUUCAACGUCUAAACUAUGAGCAGAAUAUGAGUGAUGCUAUGGCAAUUCUACACAAAUUACAGACAGGUCUGGAUGUAAAUGUGAAAUUCACUGGUGUCCGAACAUUUGAAUAUACUCCUGAGUGCAUUGUGUUUGAUCUUCUUGAUAUUCCAUUGUACCAUGGAUGGUUAGUGGACCCUCAGAUGACCGACAUUGUGAAAGCAGUUGGUAAUUGCAGCUAUAACCAGUUGGUGGAGAAGAUAAUUUCCUGUAAGCAAUCUGAAAACAGUGAGCUGGUUAGUGAAGGCUUUGUAGCUGAGCAGUUUCUAAAUAAUACAGCCACUCAACUGACAUAUCAUGGAUUAUGUGAACUUACGUCAGCAGUUCAGGAAGGAGAACUUUGUGUAUUCUUUCGGAACAAUCAUUUUAGCACCAUGACCAAAUACAAGGGUCAACUAUAUUUGCUGGUAACAGAUCAGGGCUUUCUUACUGAAGAAAAAGUUGUUUGGGAAAGUCUACACAAUGUAGAUGGUGAUGGAAAUUUCUGCGACUCAGAAUUUCAUCUGAGGCCUCCCUCAGAUCCAGAAACUGUCUAUAGAGGACAACAAGAUCAAAUUGAUCAGGACUAUCUUAUGGCCCUGUCUCUACAACAAGAACAACAGAGCCAAGAGAUCAACUGGGAACAAAUUCCAGAAGGAAUCAGUGAUCUGGAGCUAGCCAAGAAACUCCAAGAGGAAGAAGAUAGGCGAGCCUCUCAAUAUUAUCAGGAACAAGAGCAGGCAGCGGCAGCAGCAGCAGCGGCAGCUGCCGCUGCUGCUGCUGCUGCUGCACAAGCUCAGCAAGGCCAGCCAGCACAAGUAACUGCCUCUUCAUUAAGUGGAAGACAAUCUGGGAGUAAUGAACGUAAACGCAAAGAACCUCGAGAAAAAGACAAAGAAAAGGAAAAGGAGAAAAAUAGUUGUGUCAUUCUGUAACAGGUGUUAAUUCUAUUGGAGCCAAGUACUUGCCCUGAGAAACAAAACCAUGGGAUAGAAGGAAGAAAAACUGUUCCAUACCGUCUGUGCCUGAUUACCCAAUGGAUUUUGUUCAUGUUUUAAAAGGAGAAGUUGCUACUUAGUUACAAUCAGACUCUGAGAGUUGCACAAUGCACUCAUUGUGAGCUGGAAUUCCUUGUUACAAGUUGGAAGAAUCUGUAUCGUCGAUCACGAAAAAUACCGCACUUUGUAGCUGAAUGCAAAUCACAGCAAGUUUUGUCAUAGUGACAUUUAUUUCUUAUCAGCUAGUAAGCUAUCUCGUCUUCUGUUCUAACAAUUAAAGGAGAUAAUUGGUUUUAUCAGGUUCCUUCCUGAAAUCAAAAUAUUAACAUCAUCAUUUAAAAAUUAAUUUUCCCUCAUGUUUUAUUUAUGACCAGACCUGGAUAAAAGCAUAAUUGCCUGUAAGAAGCUAGGUAUAUCAUUUCUUAAGUGCUCAGUGCUUUAAAUAUUGGAAUUUUUUUUUCAAACCUACAUUAUGUAUUGGUACAUUGCUGCCAUUGCCCUAUAAAUACCUGAACAUGUUCAUUUUAAUUACAGGCUUUUUGAGAAUUAAGAAUGGAGCCUCAUUUGAUUAAGAUGAGAUGAGGGUAGCCAAAAUGAAGAUCUAUAUUCCUUUUUCCCCACAAUAGACAACUGGGUGUAAUAUUAAUACUCAGCUUGUCAGGAUAGAUAUAAAUGACUUUAUAAUUCUAUGGAAGUUAUUUGGUUUGGUUUGACUUAGCAUUCAUUAUUAUAGGUAAAUUGGACCACACAAUUCCUAUUUAUUGACUACAUGAUAAGCAACUAGUGGGAGGAAACUAGAAUGUAUAAUAAUAGUCUUGUAGAAAUGCAAAUGUAGGAAACCAGAAUUAACUAAAUAUCUGCCUUUUUUCAUAAAUACCUUGAACCUUAACACUAAUAUUAUGUCCACUUGCCCAAUUAAGCAAGUAAAUAUAAAUAUUUUUUUAAAAUCAUGAAUAAAUAAAAGCACACUUCAGAAUGGAAUUUUGAGAGGUCCAGAUACUCUCUUAGUCUGGUAGAA